AUGGAGCAGAAUAACUUGCGUCGGAAAGAUACCACGAAAGGCCCGCCACUCCGUAUUCUAUCUCUAGAUGGUGGAGGAGUGCGCGGCUACUCCAUGCUCAUUAUUCUUCAAGAACUCAUGCACCGCGUCUACGUCGAGACCGAAGGCAAACCCCCCAGCAGAGAUGCCACUCCCAAACCCUGCGACUAUUUCGACCUCAUAGGCGGGACCGGAACAGGGGGGCUCAUUGCCAUCAUGCUUGGCCGCUUGCGCAUGGACUUGGAAACAUGCAUGGACGUCUAUGUGAAAAUGACCAGGAAGGUCUUCGAGACCGACAAGACUUUUGCCGGAAUCCCCUACAAACAGACCCUGUUCAAGGCCUCGAAACUCGAAGAGGCGAUUAAGGAAUGCGUUAGAGCCCAUACCGUCUAUGAAGACGAGGGAAAUGAUGGGACCUCCGCAGGCGGGAGAGAGUUCCAGGACCUGAGCAGCCCCAUCAGUGCGACCAGCGCGGUGGCUAUGAGAAGGUCCAUGAGUGUGCGCUCCGGGACCUCUGGCUCAAGUGCAGUCAACUCGAGAAACUCGCUUUUCUCCCCGGCCUUUUCCGGUGGCGGCAAUGCGAACGCCAGCUUAUAUGAUGGACGCGAAAACCGCACAAAGACCGCCGUGACAGCCGUCUACCAAGGUACGAACCCGCGGACAGGCUCCUCCGUUCUUCUGCGGAGUUAUGACUCACGAAAAGAGCCGGCUCCGGAGUUCAACUGCACCAUAUGGCAAGCUGGCCGGGCCACGUCGGCGGUGGGAUUGGCAUUCAAACCGAUACAGAUCGGACACUCCAUCUUCCAUGACGAAGGGGCUGGCAAAUACAACCCUGCGCCACAACUGCUCGAAGAGGCCACAGUCAAUGAAUGGCCCGGAAGGGAGGUCGGUGUCUUCAUUAGUAUUGGAACAGGAAAGCGUCCCGAGGGAACCGACUCGGCCAAGCAGGAAUGGUGGGAGGGCUUCGUGGGAGGCGGCAUGGGUGCGUUUGCCGAAGCACGGCGCCGUCUGAUGGCCAAGAUCGAGGACUGCGAGGGGAUCCAUCAACAAAUGAUCAGAACCGAGUUGGCCAAACGCGGCGUGCCGGUCGAGAACUAUUACAGACUCAACGUCUCGGUCGGGGUCGGUGGGUUUGCGAUGAAUGAGUGGCAGCACUUGAGCGAGAUGACCACCAACACGAGGAAAUACAUUCGGGAAGAGAUCAGUCAACGCAUGCUCGUGGAUGCGGCAGUCAAAAUGGCCAAGAUCGAGCUCACCAAGAGACGUCAAGAACAUCGUUCGGAUCCGCACAGUCGAGAGUCCAGCUGGUCAUACCGCCAAAGGAACUUCCCGUCCCCAUCCAGCCCUCCUGUGGCUCCAGCCCAUCCAGGGGCUGUGGAGUUGCCGGCCGACGACGCGAUGCAGCACACGCCACCUCUCCAAUACAGAAUGCCCGGUAAUCCCCCAUAUCCGCCCGACACGCUUGCGCCAUCUCGAGAGAAAUUCACAUUGGCUCCAGGAGACUCAACACCACCAAGAUCAUCCAGUGAAUUGCCGUAUCGGAGCAACGAUGAGAAGGUAUUAUACCAGAUACCACAUCCGCCGCCCUCACAUAACCCUUCGGAGCCACCACCAAGACCACCGAAGACUCCCAUCAACGAUCCUGCCUAUCCUGCUCACCCUGCUCGACCCCGCCAGCAUGUUUCGCCUCUCAGAUUGAACGGCGCUCCCAGACCUCCAUACCCCGAUUUCGACGACGGCCCGCCACCAAUGGUCAGCAAGCUCAGAAAACCGGAAUAUGCACCCAGAUGA